AAGCGGAAGUAGCGGGAACAGCCGCCGAGGCCGGCUGGCUGGCACCCGGAAGCGCCCGAGUUGAUGGCGGCUGGUCGGAGUUUGAGCCGCUCCGAACGGAAAGCGGCGGCUCGGGCCGAGUUCCUCCGGCAGGAAGAACAGCGGGAGCGGCGGAGACAGGUGUCACAAAUUCUCCACAAGCCAGCUGCAGAGCGGAGUUCUGAAGAGACUCUCUUUCUAUCUGAGUGUCAAGAGAUCGUACGGGAUCUGGAGCGACUUCGCAAGAAACGUGAGCGACUGCAACACCGGCUGGAGGAAGUUUGUGAUGAACCUGAAGAGUUGAAAAGAAAAGUCAGCAAGCUCUCCCAAGUUGUGCGUGGAGCUAAACAUCUCAUUGUAUAUACAGGAGCAGGCAUCAGUACAGCAGCAUCAAUUCCUGACUACAGAGGCCCAAAUGGGGUGUGGACUAUGCUUAAAAAAGGAAGGAGUAUCAGGGCUACAGAUCUGAGUGAGGCAGAGCCUACACUCACCCACAUGAGCAUUGCCUGUUUGCACAAACACAAACUGGUGAAGCAUGUAGUGUCACAAAAUUGUGAUGGUCUCCACUUGCGCAGUGGGCUCCCACGGGAAGCCCUGUCCGAGCUCCAUGGAAACAUGUACAUGGAGGUUUGCACAUCCUGUACACCCAACCGUGAAUACGUGCGAGUGUUUGAUGUGACGGAGCGCACAGCUUUACAUAGGCACCAUACUGGCAGAGUAUGCCACAAAUGUGGGGAACAAUUAAGAGAUACCAUUGUACACUUUGGAGAGAAGGGAAUCUUGCAGCAGCCCUUGAACUGGAAGGCAGCCACAGAAGCUGCAAGCAAAGCUGAUGUGAUCCUUUGUUUGGGGUCUAGCCUGAAGGUUUUGAAAAAGUACCCUCACUUGUGGUGCAUGAACAAGCCACCCAGACACCGCCCUAAGCUCUACAUUGUAAAUCUCCAGUGGACACCAAAGGAUGACUUAGCUGCUCUGAAACUUCAUGGGAAAUGUGAUGAUGUGAUGAAGUUGCUGAUGGAAGAACUAGAACUUCCCAUCCCUUCAUAUGACAGGUCAAAGGAUCCCAUAUUCUCCUUGGCUGUCCCUCUGCGAUCUGAAGAAGAAAACAGCCAUAGCCGGAAGCCUGUGGCCCUAGCAGCAAGCGUCCAUGAAGCACCACUGGGAGAGCAGCAGGUGCCUGCCAACCCACUCUCGGGAGGCUGGUUUGGCAGAGGCUGUGCAAAAGGCACCAAAAGGAAAAAACUGUCUUGAUCAUGGACACUUUUUUUAACCUCGGGGACCAACUGAAGUUGCUAAAAUCAGGACAGGAAAUGACAUCUGCAUUGAAAUUGGCCAGAAUUGCUAGGCUAACUGGAAAAAACCACAGCUGCUAUUUUCAUAGAGGUUUUAUAUAAUUAGCCUUUAAACAAACAGAGGCCAAAGCUUAGUUUGGGUUCUGCUUUCUGAUUGAUAGGCUGGCAUUUGAUACUCAGGGCUGCCAAUUAAUAAUAAUUAUUAAAAAAUAUAGAGCAAUAAAAUGGUUGUGUGCUUUCUUCCUCCCCCAAAUACAUCCAUGUUGUUUUGAAGUUAAAGUACUGCGAGUAUCCCUCAUAAUCCCAUUCUUUGCAUUUAUUAUGGAAUUCAUGAUGCAUCUAAGCAGAAGUCUGUUCCUAAACUGAAGCUUGAAAUGGUAGAUCUGUGAGGGUUUUCCUUGUUGACACAAAGGGUAACGUAAUGCUAAGAUAAUGGGGUGGAAAUAACAGUAGGGAUUAUGGUACUCUGUUGACACAGGUGUUUCACGCUACCAUUUUGAGGUCAGCACAUUGCCUUAUCAGAUAAGCAACCUGCUCAGAUAACAUGCUUCGCCUAGUUGUUUAAAAAUAUUUUACUAAAAGUUAUGAAUACUUAACCUGCGAUUCCAAAAUCCUUCAAAAUUGUCCAAAAGGGUGACUGACAUGACUCCUUUACUGAUAGUUCGGAGUACACAAAUGCUGUUUCAUGCACAGCAUAUUUAUAAAAUGACUUUCAGACAAUGUGUGAAUAGUGUGUAUGAGAGAUCAAUAAUUUUGGAUUGGGACUUGGGUUUCAUAGCCAGGAAAUUUCAUAAGGCACAUACAGGCAAAUAGAGUAUUUUGGCUAUGGGAUAGUCAACCUGUAGCAUUGUAAAUAUUUAUUUUGAACUAGCUAUGCCCGGCCAUGCUUUGCUGUGGCUUAUGGGAAUCCUUUGUUGACCAAGUGGAAUAGCAGUGAAUAGCCUUGCAGCCUCAAAGCCUGGCCAUUUUCUUCUUAUGGGAAUCCUUGUUUGGUGAGCUGGAAUACAGUCAAAUUGGCUUGCCACUUGGAAGGCUGUGUUCUAGGGGAAUGGUUUUCUGGCUGCUAGAAUUGGAAUGAAUAGCCUCGCUACUUCAAAGCCUGGCUGCUUGCUACCUAGCGGAAUCUUUGGUUGGUCAGCUUCAAUAGUACAGAGUAGUAUCGCUGCUUCAAAGCCUGGCCACCUUCUACCAAGGUUAAUCGUUUGUUGGUCUGGUUGAAUUGCAAUGAAUAGCCUUGCAGCUUCAAUGCCUGGCUACGUUAUGCCUAGGGGAAUCCUUGUUUGGUGAGCUGGAAUAGCACGCUCAAUCAAAGCUGCUUUGAAGCCUGGCUACUUCCUUUGUAGGGGAAUCUUUGUUUGGCCAGCUUGAAUUGCAUUGAAUACUCUUGCAGCUUAAAAGCCUGGCCGCUUUCUAUAUAGGGCAUCCUUGCUAAGCCAGUGUGAUGACUCAUGGGCCAUGUAGUCCCGUUCCUAGCGCUGUUGUGACAGAUGAAGAGGAAAACUUGGGUUUUCCACCAUUUCAGCCAGAAUUGGAACUUUCCCAGCCUGAAUUGGAGCCCUUGCACCUGCAAGAGGUUUGCCUUCCAGAAAUCUGCCAAACAAGCCCUGAGUCAGAAUCUCCCCCAUUUUCUCGCCGUAGUUAUUAUCAACAACAAAAAGGAGUUCAGCAGGCUAAUCGCAGAAGCCUGAGAAUCGCAGCCAGGCAUUCAGCUGAUUAAGACUGCUUCCAUGAGAAAUUCUAGGGAGUCAUGCAUCUGGACACAGAGAUUGACUUUCGGUUCUGAUUCCCCAGAGAAGUGUUCUUUGGUGGGAAAACGAGACCCUAUUUAGGUUCCUUGCCCCGAAGGAAUCUUGCGGAGUCAAUUCGUCAGCAACUGGAGUAGAUUGUGUGUGGACAGCGCUACUCCCGUUUCCAAGCCUUUGUUCCUGUUUCCAAGCCUUCGUUCACGUUUCCAACCUUGCCUUGCUUCCCGGACCUUGCCUUGCUUCCCGGACCUUGCCAAGUAUUUACCACGGAUCUUGUCCUUCUUCCUCGUUCCUUGUUGCCUUGUAUCAAGCCUUGUGUUCCAAGAAUCAAGAUUACUUCCUAGCAUCACAUCAAGUUCCUUGGAUUAAGAACCUUGUCAUCUCCCCUCACUUUGCUUGGCAAAGUGGGUGUUUCGGUUAUUGGAUUACAACUUUGGACCUUAAUAUUUCAUAUUGGACAUUGUUUCUUUGGACUAACUUUGACCUUUCCUGAAAGGUCUACUUCUGAACUAUUUCCUACACUUGCUUUUAUUAACUUUAUAUAUUUCUUUAAUAAAGAUAUUAGAUAGA